AUGGCCAUCGUGAAUAAUCAUCCUGAAGAAACCCGUGAAGCUCUCUUGAAAAGUGACAUAAAACUCGCCAGCAAAGAAGUAGUAAUUGACGACAAAUACGUAACAGUUGCAUCUGAAGCCUCACUUCAGACCACUAAAGCAAAUCUAGAAGCCAAGAGUCAUGAAGUUACGAUUCUUGAAACCAAAGAAGAGGCCUUUGAAUUUUUAAAGAACUUAAUUCCCAAAGGAAGCUCAAUCAAUAAUGGACAUUCUACUACUUUGGAAGAAAUUGGGUUUAUUACGUAUUUAAAGACUGCUACAGAAUGGGAAAAUAUUCACGCACAAAUUUUAGCAGUGACUGAUUGGAACGAACAGGCGGAGUUGAAACGAGUUAAAGGCUUCAACGUUGAUUAUUACUUGUCAUCCGCUAGUGCUAUCACUGAGGAUGGAGCAAUCGUUGGAGUUGAUUGGUCAGGAACUCGUAUUGGUGCUUGGUUUGCAACAGCCGGAAAACUUAUUAUCGUUAGUGGUACAAACAAGAUUGUUAAAGAUGAACAAGAAGCUAAUGAACGCGUAUAUAAACAUUGUUUAGAAUUAGAAUCAGCACGUGUUAGAUUAGCUUAUAAAAUGCCUGCUAGUAAUAUUGCAAAUUAUUCUAUUAUCAAAUCAGGUUCUCCUUUCAAUCCUAAGCGUGUUCAUGUUGUAUUUAUUAAGGAGUCUUUGGGAUAUUAA